AUGCCUGUGCCGUUUGUGAUAUACGCUGAUUUUGAGUCCAUACUGGUGCCUGAGGAGAGAAAAGUGGAGUCGAAGAACCCUGAGGAUGAAAGUAGUACGGACCUUUACCAGACACACAAGGCUUGUAGUUUUGGUUUGAAAACAGUCUGCCACUAUGAUGAUAAGUACUCCGGUGAGUAUAAGAGUUACGUUGGAGAGGAUGCUGCAUUGGUUUUCCUUAAGACUGUAUUAAAAGAGUCCUUCAAAUGUAGGGAAAUGACUGACAAAAUAUUCAGGAAGAGAAUGGUAAUUACACCUAAAGAGGAAGCAGAAUUCCUGGUUACAAGAAACUGCCCCAUAUGUGGUAACGAUCUAUGUGAGGACCGUGUGAGAGACCAUGACCAUGUAACAGAUAAGUACCGAGGAGCUGCUCAUAAUAUAUGCAAUCUUAAGUACAGAAUUACAUGGAAAGUACCUGUGGUCUUCCACAACCUGAGAGGUUACGAUAGCCAUCUGAUUAUGCAGGAAAUCGGCAAGUUUAAGAUGAACGUCAAUGUGAUUCCAAAUAAUAUGGAAAAAUACAUCUCAUUCUCACUGGGUAAGAAUCUGGUCUUUAUAGACUCUACACAGUUCAUGGCUUCUUCGCUGGAAGCACUGGUGAGUAACCUUUCACCUGAGGACUUCAGGAUAGUAGGUAAGAGGUGGAAGGGUGAGGACUUCAAACUAGUGACACAAAAAGGAGUGUUCCCAUAUGAGUUCGUCGAUGAUAUUAGCAAACUCAACACAGAAGGUCUUCCGAGUAAGGAUAAGUUCUACUCAUCACUAUAUGAGUCAGAGGUGAAGGAGGAAGAUUACCAGAGAGCUAAGAGAGUAUGGGAUCACUUCAAGAUGAAAACCAUGAGAGACUACCACAACCUCUACAUGGAGACUGACGUUCUUCUGCUGGCUGAUGUAUUCGAGAACUUCAGGAGAACAUGUCUGGAAAGUUACGAACUUGGCCCCGCACAUUAUGUGUCAGCACCUAGUCUGAGUUGGGACGCUUUCCUGAAAAAGUCAGGUGAAGAAAUAGAACUCGUAAGCGAUAUGGAUAUGUUCCAGUUCUUCGAGAAGGGUAUGAGAGGUGGUACAAGUUAUAUUGCCCAUAGACACUCCGCAGCUAAUAAUAAGUACAUGGAGACGUACGAUGAGUCGUCUGAGAACAAGUACCUGAUGUACCUCGACGCUAAUAAUUUAUAUGGCUGGGCGAUGUCACAACCACUACCUAAUGGAGAGUUCGAGUGGGUUGAGGAAGUUGACGGUAUGAAUCUAGAGGAUUACUUGGGAGACAACGGAAGGGGAAUGGUUUUGGAGGUUGACCUGGAAUAUUUGCAAGAACUUUACGACCUACACAACGGUUAUCCUCUAGCACCGGAGAGUAAGGAAAUCAGUGCUUCUAUGUUGUCAGAUUAUGCGAAGAGUAUUGCUGAGAAAUUCCAACUGACAAUUGGAAGAGUAAGAAAACUAGUGACUUCACUAGGCCCCAGGAAGAAGUACGUCUUACAUGUACGUAAUCUGAAACUGUACACAGACCUUGGGAUGAAACUCACGAAGGUUCAUAGAGCGGUUACAUUCAAGCAGUCUCCCUGGCUUAAGGACUAUAUAGACUUCAAUACAAAGAAAAGGUCAGCAGCCCGUAACACGUUCGAAAAGAACUUCUUCAAGUUGAUGAACAACUCAAUCUAUGGAAAGACUAUGGAGAAUCUUAGGAAAAGGGUUGAUGUGAAAUUAGUGUCCUCCAAAGACGACCUCCUAAAACUGACAGCAUCACCUUGCUUCCAGUCACAUCGAAUCAUGAAUGAGAAUCUUAUAGUGGUAAAGAGGAUGAAAGAAGUGCUAACGCUGAAUAAGCCGUGUUACGUAGGAAUGAGCAUCUUAGACUUAUCCAAGACUUUAAUGUACGAUUUCCACUACAACACCAUCAAGAAGAAGAAGUACGGUAAUAGUUCGAGGUUACUGUUCACCGAUACUGACAGUCUGAUGUACAAACUGAAGACAGAUGAUGUCUAUGAGGAGUUUAAGAGGAUUGGUGAAGAGCAAGACUGCUGGGAUAAUUCAGAUUACCCAAACGAUAGCCCUUACUACUCAACCCAUAACAAGAAGGUUAUAGGUAAGUUUAAGGAUGAAGCUGGAGGAGUACCCAUAAUUGAGUUUGUUGGGUUAAGGUCAAAGAUGUACUCCUAUGUCAAGGAAAACGGUGGGGGUGGAAUGACAGCUAAAGGGGUUAAAAAGUAUGUGAUCAGAAACAAGCUCACUCAUGAGAACUUCAAGAAUGUAAUCAACACGAAGGGUAGGAUGAGACACAACAUGAACACAAUCAGAAGCACGAAGCAUACAAUCGGAACUUAUGAAAUGAGGAAGGUUACUCUGAGUUGCUUUGAUGAUAAAAGGUAUCUUUUGGAGGAUGGAGUUACCAGUUAUGCUUAUGGUAACAAGAAUAUAAAAAAUAGUAAAUGAGAAGUUCCCACAGAGUAGAAAGUAAUAAUCCUAAAGGGUAAAUAAGCAGGUAGGGCCCCCUGCCUUGUGUACCCCCAAGGAGAAAAUAAAAGAUGUCGAAGAGGCUCUAGAUUAAGCAAAUCAAAUCUAGAGGUUUAGGGGUUUGGGCAUCCCUGGUAUUUUGAUAGAAGAGAACGGUGAAUAGUUGGAAUCUGAGUGCGACAACUAAAAUGGGUACUGUGGAGGUUGUAGGAAGUAUUAAUCAGCGCUCAGAACUAAUAUCUGACGGUUCUGUGGAGAGGGGUGUGUGUUACCUCAAGGGUAUUUCAAAAGUUGUCGAAGAGGCCUUGGAAUAG